AUGGUUCUUCAAGUAGAGUUGGAAAAGAGAAUUGAUGAGGUGAUAGCAGAAAACAAAAAGUGGGUAGAUGAAUGUAAAAGAAUUUUUGAAAGAGAAAAGUCUCUUGCUGGAAAAGUGCAGAGAUCAGAAGGUGAAAACAAAGUGUUGGAAUUAAAGAUUGAAGUUGAUCAGACAGAAAUUGAUGUUUUGAAAGUUCAAGUGUCUGAGUUAGAAGAGGAGAAGAGUCGUCGGGAAAGUGAGAACGAGUACUAUAAGCUGAAAAACAAAGAACUUAUGGCUGCUAAAGCACUACAUGAACAUAAGUUUUACAUGCUGAAUAGGGUUGUGGAAAGUAUGUUGAAGACGUCUGUGGAACAAAAGUAUGAAGAAUUGAAGUUAGAAGAUCUUCGUGCUGAACGUAAAGCAGAAGUUGAAAGGCAAAUGAAAGAAAAAGGUAAAGCUGUUGAAGGAAGUUCUGUAAUGUCUAUUGUGCCUUCAAUGGUGGUAGAUAAUCCAGUGCCUAUAUCCUCAGUUCCGUGUAUAACUGAAGAAGAAAUUCAAUCGCCAAAGUUAAUUGGAGGUUCAGGUGUGAGAGUUACUGAAGCUGCAAAAGAAAAAGUCGUUGAAGAUCUGCUGAACGACACAGUAAAUGAGGAAAGUGGUGAAGCUGGGGGAAAGGGGGAGUCGAGCAAGAAUCAGAUUGUAGAGCAUCACGAACCCCUGUUCUUAUGUCUAGAUGUGUAUAGGGAGAUGUUAAAUGAUGUAAACCCUGAGAAUCCAAUUGAUCUUGAAGCUGAUCUGGAAUCUUUUGAUAUCAAUAAACAGAAAGAUUACAAGUAUAACUAUGUUGAGGAUGCAGAUCAGUACGAUAGGGUUGAAGUAGAGGACUGUUCUGAUAAUGAGGAUGUCCCUGAAGAUACAUCAAAACUUCCAACGUUGAUGGAGUUUUUUGCAGCUGAAAACGGAGAUGAGUUACGUCAAAAGGUGACUGAAGCAGUAAAUGAAAAUGUGUUCGAGUGUUUGAGAAAAGAAGCUGAACAAGUAAAUCAAUCAAAUGUUGAGAAAGAAGAUCAUUCAAAAUGGUUUAAAGACGGUCAUGAAAGAAAGUUCAAGAGGCCUUUGAAGUUUUUUCAACGUGAUAGAUCUAUUUCUCUUGGCGAUAUCAUCAGUUAG